AUGAGGACAAACGUAUGGAUUUACCACGCUUUGGUGUUCAUGGUGAGUCGAGUGAACAGUUGCUGUAGAAGGACUCAUCAGUCAUUACAGAGGUAUGAGAAGACUGAGGGCCACAUGCUGGUUUGCACAGACUGUCCUCAGCCCCCUUUGGUACGAAACAGUCGAUCGCAGGAACACUGCGCCCGAAAGUGCAAAAAGGUCAAGAAAAACUUCAACUGUAGGGCUUUCAACUUUCAAAGGCACAACAGGAAAUGCCACUUGCUUCCCUUUGACCGUUUCACCCACGGUGUGAAGAAGCAGGCUAACGUCAACUUUACUUUGUAUGAAAAAAAAGAUUAUAUAAGGGAGUGUAUCAUCGGCACCAAGGACAACUACAGAGGGAGGAGGUCUUGGACGAAGUCAAACAUCACUUGCCAGGCUUGGUCAGAUAAUAACAUCAAUGAGCACACGUUUUAUCCUGAUAGGUACCCAACGCAAGACCUGAGGGAGAACUUCUGUCGGAAUCCCAACAACGAUCCUGGUGGUCCGUGGUGCUACACCACAGACCCCAACGUACGAGCUGAGGAGUGUGGCGUACCACAGUGUUCAGAGGAAGUCUGUGUGACGUGUAAUGGGGAGGAUUACUGGGGCAAAAUGGACCAUACAGAGAGCGGCAAGGAGUGCCAGAGAUGGGACUCAGCAAGGCCUCACAAACACCACUUCCAGCCCAAAAAGUAUCGGGACAAAGAUUUAAAAGACAACUACUGCCGAAACCCGGAUAAUCGUCUCCGUCCCUGGUGCUACACCAUGGAUCCCAAAACUCCAUGGGAGUACUGCAACAUCACUGUGUGUGAAUCGGACUCCAGUGAGGACACAGAUGUCAAUGUAACAACAUCCUGUGUCCAGGGGAAGGGCACCGAUUACCGAGGCACAAUGAAUGUCACUCCUGAGGGCGUGACAUGUCAGCGCUGGGACUCUCAGUUCCCCCAUAACCACUCAUUUCUUCCUCAGAACUUCAAAUGCAAAGACCUGAGAGAGAACUACUGUCGUAAUCCUGAUGGUGCAGAUUACCCAUGGUGCUUCACUACAGACCCUAAUCAGAGGAUAGCCAACUGCACCCACAUCCCCAGGUGUGAUGCUGAGGCCACACAAAAAAUAGAGUGUUACGAAGACAUCGGACAGACAUACCGGGGAACUUUAUCCAUAACUCGUUCUGGGAUUCCCUGCGCAGACUGGUCACAUCAUAUAAACAGUGGGGAUUCUCACUCUACAGUAUCCCAUGUAGGGCUGGAGAAGAACUACUGCCGGAACCCAGACCGGGACAAGCAUGGCCCCUGGUGUUACACCAAUCCAAAUAACCGCUUGGCCUGGGACUACUGCAAACUGAAGCACUGUGAAUCAGCUACAGUGGCUCCUCAGCCAAACACUCUGACCAGACCCAAGAUAUCAUGCUUCGUGCAUAUAAACACCAGAAUAGUUGGAGGACAUCAAGUGCAAGGUACCGAUGGUGGCUGGGUUGUAAGCAUCCAAAGAGAGAAGGUUCAUUUGUGUGGUGGCUCACUGAUCAGAGAAGACUGGGUUUUGACAGACCAACAGUGCUUCACCUCCUGCGUUCCAGAUCUCAGGGAUUACAGCGUGCAGGUUGGUCUACGACACCUCAAUGAGUCCUCAAGCCACCCGAGACUACGCAUCUCUCGUCUGAUUUGUGGCCCAGAGGGAUCCAACCUGGUUAUGCUGAAAUUAGCAGAUCCUGCGCCUGUGUCGGAGGGUGCCUCCACUAUCCAUCUUCCUGUAAAAGACUGUCACAUCACCGAAGGCACCAACUGCACCAUGUAUGGAUGGGGGGAAACCAAAAACACAGGAUAUGAUGAGGCACUGAACACUGUAACGAUGCCUAUGGUCAACAAUGACAUGUGCUCACAAAUCAAAGGGGAUGCUGGGGAGAGCAGAAUAUGUGCCGGUGGCAAUAGAGGAGAAGGUGUAUGUGAUAAAGACAAUGGAGGUCCAUUGGUCUGCCAGGAACAUGAGCGCAAAGUCAUCAUCGGUGUGAGCAUCCAAAGGACAAAAUGUGCCUCAUCGCAGCCUGCACUUUUUGUCAACGUUGCUUUCUACUCAGAGUGGAUAUAUAAAGUGUUCAAACUUUACCCCAGUUUGGAGAGGAACUAA